UGUCUAUUGGCGUUGCUGGCGUUACUGGUGGUUGGGGUGCUUGGGCCGUGAGAAAAAACGCGUCCCACAAACAAGAGAGAAGGACCUCCACUCCAACCCAACAUUACACCCACAUUACCCCGGCAUCCAACACGGCAGUGGCGAACAGCUCAGCACUAUUACCCCGUACGCCAGCAGAAGAACCACAGCUGAAACCCCCGUCGUCACGCACCCACUCCCCACGUUCGUUCCAUAACAAUGGGAAAAAACACUGACAAACUCUACGUAACGCACUCCGAGCACGCUGCCGGGCCUGGAGGAGCAAAGCGAUAUACAGGCAACGAGUUCAAGCGACUGCCAUUCAGUUGUUGCGCGCUGUCUUUGCAGCCUUUUGAGCACCCUGUGUGUACGAAUGAGGGAAUGGUGUUUGAUCUCAUGAAUAUUGUGCCAUGGCUGAAGAAACAUGGAAAUAACCCAGUAACGGGCGAAAAGCUAGAAGCGAAAGACUUAACAAAACUCCACUUCCACAAAAACGCCUCGGACGCCUACCACUGCCCCAUCACCUUCAAAGUCUUCAACGAAAACACUCACAUCGUCGCCAUCAAGCCCUCAGGGCAGGUCUACAGCUACGAAGCCGUCGAGCGGCUCAACAUCAAGACCAAAAACUGGACGGACCUCAUGACCGAUGUACCGUUCAAGCGGAAGGACGUCAUCACCCUCCAGGACCCUCAUAACAUCACGAUGCGGAAUAUUACGGAUUUCUACUACGUGAAGAAGGAUAUGAAAGUCGAGAACGAGGGCGCGGGGAAGAAGGAGGAGGAUAAGAUCAACGCGUUAGGCGCAACAGAGAAACUCCUAAAAACCCUCGCCAAAAAAACCGAAGACAAAGCAGCUGCGAAAUCCAGCCCCACUCCAACAACCUCACUAACCCCUUCCUUCGUCUCCCGCGACAAACAACAAUACAACGCAGCGCACUACUCCAACGGCGCGGCGUCGUCAUCGUUCACGUCCACCGCCGUGCCCGUGCAGACGCAGAACCCGGCCGCGCUGAUCGAUGAGGAGGAGUAUAUGUUUGAGCGCGUCAAGGGGAAGGGGUAUGCGCAGCUCAAGACGAAUCUCGGGGAUGUGAAUUUGGAGUUGUUGUGUGGGGAUGCGCCGAGGGCUUGUUAUAAUUUCAUCAAGUUGGCCAAGAAAGGCUACUACGAAAACACCCUCUUCCACCGCUCCAUCAAAAACUUCAUGGUGCAAGGCGGCGACCCGACCGGCACGGGCCGCGGCGGCGAAUCCAUCUGGGGCAAACCCUUCCCGGACGAGUUCAAGUCCAACCUCACGCAUAGCGGUCGUGGCGUGCUGAGUAUGGCGAAUAAGGGGAAGAAUACGAACACCAGUCAAUUUUUUAUAACGUACCGCUCAUGCCCACACCUCAACAACAAACACACGGUUUUUGGGAAAGUAGUCGGCGGCCUCGACGUGCUCACAAAGAUCGAGCAGGUGCCUACCGACGAGGCCGAUAAACCAGAGAAAGAAAUAAAAAUCCUCGCCAUCCAAAUACUCAUCGACCCCUUCGACGAUUUCCAAAAAUCCCUCGAGUCCAAAAAAGCUCCCAAAGGGAAAAACCCCUCCACUUCCACAAUCUCCACACCCCCAGAUAGUACAAGCGGUGUGGGUAAAUACCUCGCAACACCAGCGCCCAGCAAAACCAAACGACAGGCAGAUGAUGGGUUGGGGAUCGACUGGGGUGGGGCUGAGGAGGUGGUGGGUGGUCCGCCGGCGAAGAAGAAGGUGAAGGGUGGGUUUGGGGAUUUUAGUGGGUGGUGAGAGGAGGGUGGAGAGCGAUGUGUUUUUAGAUACAGGUGCUUCCCCGGGACUUCAGGAUUUGGUGAACAUCAGAGGGUAGCCCUAGCUGUAGCUUUCUUUGUCUAGAGGUGAUCUCUUAAUGAGAUGCAUCAUAAGGCGCCCGAUGGGAGCACGGGAGAGCCAAUCGGAGAG